AUGUGUGUCUUUGCAGGUAUGAGCCCGGCCUCUGUGACUCUGGCCAGUGCCCUCCAGGUCCGGGGUGAAGCUCUAUCUGAGGAGGAAAUCUGGUCCCUCCUGUCCCUGGCGGCUAAGCAGCUCCUGGAGGACCUUCGUGAUGAUUCCUCGAACUAUGUGGUCUGCCCCUGGUCAGUCUUGCUUUCUGCGACCGGAAGUCUUUCCUUCCAAGAUCAUAUUUCCCAUAUAGAGGCAGCUCCUUUCAAGGCCCCUGAACUGCUACAGGGACAGAGCGAUGAUGAGCAGCAUGAUGCAUCUCAGCCCCUGCAGCUUUGCCAACCCCUGCACUGCAUCUUGCUGACCAUGUGUGAAGACCAGCCUGGCAGGCGGCUGCCUCUGCAGUCUGUCCUGGAAGCUUGUCAGAUUCAUUGGGAAGAAGCGGCUGUCCAUCCGACUUCUGCCAAUCUCCACGUCAGACAGCUGGUCUGCUUGGUCCUGGGCACCAUCUCUGAGGUGGAGAGGAGGGCUGUGGAGGAGAGCUCCUCUGGGCAGCGAGACAGAAGCCACCUGCUCAGGAACAGGCUGCAUCAAGCGAGCUAUGAGAGCCAGGCGGCGUGGGCUCUGGGGUGUCCGCAUCGCUGCAGAGUUUCAGAGAGAAGCACAGAGACCCAGAGCUCCCUGGAGCCCGGACUGAACAUCUCAGCACAUGAUCGCUGUAGCAUCUCUGUGAACAGCGCCCUUCCAGUUCAAGUUCCCCCAGAUCUUCAGGAAGGCCGACGGCUCAGCUCCGGUUCUGCUCUCCCAGAAAACUCACGGCCGGCAACUCCUUCCCAAAGGGGUUUUUUGCAAAGAAAGGGAAAGUUCUCCAGGCCGGAGUUCGCCCUGAUGGCUGGAGAGGCCCCGGUGACCUUGUAUCUGCCUGGAUCAAUUGUGACCAAAAAAGCCAAGUCGUACUUGGCUCUCAGGGGCCUCCGUGUGGUGCUGCUGAGCGGGCAGUGCCUGGAGGUGAAAUGUGACGUCACGUCGACAGUGGGAGCUGUCUUCAGUGCCAUUGUAUCCUUUGCCAACCUUGGGGAGCUCACCUACUUUGGCUUGGCUUACAUGAAGGGUAAAGAGUUCUUUUUCUUGGAUGCUGAAACCAGGUUGUGCAAAAUAGCCCCUGAAGGCUGGAGUGAGCAGCCCCAGAAGAAGAGCUCCCCAAAUAACUUUGUGCUCUUUCUAAGGAUAAAGUUCUUCGUGAGUCACUAUGGGCUGCUCCAGCACAGCUGGACAAGGCAUCAAUUUUACCUGCAACUUCGGAAAGACAUCCUGGAGGAGAAGCUGUAUUGCAAUGAUGAGACUCUGUUGCAGCUGGGGGUCCUUGCCCUGCAGGCUGAAUUUGGCAGUUAUCCAGAGGAGGUAGAGAACAAAGCCUAUUUUCGAGUUGAAGAUUAUAUCCCUGCAAGUCUCAUUGAGAGGAUGACGGCUCUCCGGGUCCAAGUGGAAGUCUCAGAGAUGCACCGUUUGAGUCCUGUGCUUUGGGGAGAGGAUGCUGAGUUGGAGUUCUUGAGGGUCACUCAGCAGCUCCCAGAAUAUGGUGUGCUGGUGUACCAAGUUCUCCCAGAGAAGACAAGGCCAGAAGGGGAAAUGGCCUUGGGGAUCUGUGCCAAGGGUGUCAUAGUAUAUGAAGUGAGAAACAACACCAGAAUUGCAACUUUACGGUUUCAGUGGAGAGAAAUUGAAAAGAUUUUGGCUUAUCGAAAGAAGUUCAUCAUCACAAGCAGCAUCACUGGGAAAAAGCACACAUUUGUCACUGAUUCAGUCAAGACCUGUAAAUAUUUGCUGGGCCUGUGCUGCGCCCAGCAUGGGUUUAACGCUCAGAUGAGCUCUCCUGGAAGUGAUGGACCCAGCAUCAUUCUUGUGGACUCUGAUAAGUGUGUGCAACUGGCCAGUCUGAGUCUUGCACACCUGGCCCAGUCCAACCAACUCACUUGGAUUCAGAGACUGUCAUGCUCAGAAAACGCGCUGUUCGUACCUGGACUGGAGGAUGCCGCGGGAGGCCUGCUGCACAGGUCCCUGGAUAACUUCACCAUGGACACCAGCAGGGGGACGAGGGCACAAAGACUCAGAGGCAGCCCCUGCCUUGGCCGAGAGCAGCUGGAGCGUCUCUGUUUGAUUCAGAAGCCAACAACUUGUGACCCUCUCUCUAGGCAGCCUGCUCAGAGCAUGCUCACAGGAUCACGAAAUAACAGGAGAAGGAGCUUUAUAGCUGAACCAGAUGGAGAAAUUGUGCAUGUGACUCUGAGCCGGGACCCACACCGUGGUUUUGGUUUUGUGAUUAAUGAGGGGGAAGAUGUAGGCAAAGUCGAUCCUGGCAUCUUUAUAUCUUCUAUUAUACCUGGGGGACCAGCUGAAAAAGCCAAAAAGAUAAAACCAGGAGGGCAGAUACUAGCCCUGAAUCACAUCAGUCUGGAGGGCUUCACAUUCGAUAUGGCUGUUAGAAUGAUUCAGAAUUCUCCUGACAACAUAGAAUUAAUCAUUUCUCAGUCAAAAGGUGUUUGUGGCAAUACCUCAAGCGAGGAGAAGAACAGCACAGCCAAUUCAGGGGUAUUCUCUACAGACAGCCUGAGCAAUGGGCACCGGGGUAGUUUUUCAUCACAUACACAAGACCGGGAGAGAAAUAUCGAAGAACUGGAAAUGGCUCAGACUCAGAGUUUAAUGCCCAGGUUGAGGACUCAGCUGUCUGCUCUGCCAUUAAAGGGUGCUGGUUCUUCCUGUCCUCCAUCACCUUCAGAAACCAAUGCCAGCGAAAUUUACUUCGUGGAGCUGGUUAAAGAAGAUGGGACACUUGGAUUCAGCGUGACUGGAGGAAUUAACACAAGUGUGCUCUGUGGAGGUAUCUACGUGAAAUCCAUCGUUCCUGGAGGGCCAGCUGCCAAAGAAGGGCGGAUCCUGCAGGGUGACCGGCUCUUGCAGGUGGAUGGAAUGAGUCUGUGUGGCCUCACCCACAAGCAGGCUGUGCAGUGCCUCAAGGGCUCUGGACAGGUUGCAAGACUGGUCUUAGAAAGAAGAAGCCCCAGGAUUGCACAGCAGUGUCCUUCUGCUAAUGACAGGAUGGGAGAUGAGUGCACGGCUGUUUCCUUGGCAACAGUCUUGCCUGGAAGGCCCGCAAGCAGUGUCUCGGCGACAGAUGGCCCCAAGUUUGAAGUCAAGCUAAAAAAGAAUGCCAGUGGCUUGGGAUUCAGUUUUGUGCAGAUGGAGAGCGAGCACUGCGGCCACCUCAAGAAUGAUCUUGUGAUGAUUAAGCGGCUCUUCCCUGGGCAGCCGGCGGAGGAGAAUGGGGCCAUUGCAGUUGGUGACAUAAUCCUGGCUGUGAAUGGAAGGUCCACGGAAGGCCUGGACUUCCAGGAGGUGCUCCAUUUACUUCGAGGAGCCUCACAGGAAGUCACGCUCCUGCUUUGCCGACCCCCUCCAGGUGCGCUGCCUGAGAUGGACCAGGGCUGGCAGACACCUGUGCUCACAGCAGACAAAGAAUUCACCAGAGCAACGUGUACUGACUUGGAGCAGAGCCCCAGCCUGGAUCAAGAGGACAGCCGGAGGGACAGUGCCUCCCCAGACACAGGGGAAGGCCUGGGUCUCCGGCCAGAGUCUUUCCAACAAGCCAGCCAAGAGGCACAGUGGGACCAAGACAUAGAGAGACCCUGGGCCACUUCCUUGACUGGUCCUCGGGAUUCCUUCCCUCAUUUAUGCAGACUUCACCAAGAAAUGGAGGCAUCAACCUUGGCUACCUCUUUGGAGAAGGAUUUGAGGCAAAACUGCGAUUCAGUUUGUGAUAUCAGGAGACUUGGAAGAUUUUCCUACUCAUCUUCUCUAACCAGACUCUCUACAGAUAUUUUCUGA